CAUAAAAUCUGUUUUCGGCUUGCUCAAAGCGUGAGAGAGUUACGUCAGGUUGAGUGCUGUUUUUUUAGAGUAGGUUGAGGUGGGGAGGCUGCAGUCGCUGCAGUCGUGUCAAAAUGAGUGAAAGUAAGCUAGUAAAAAAGUUUCAGCUUGCAGGUCUGAGUGAGAAAAAAGCAAAAGAAACAUUGAAGAAUGAAGCCGUAUCAAGUAAUCUAUCAGUGGUUCUUGAUGAGGCUCUGAAGCAUGCACCAUCUGGUUUGUCGAAAGGGGCUGGAAAUUUGCUUUAUGGUGUCGCCACAAAAGUGAAGAAGCAAACCUUAGACCAUUUACCACUGCUGGCAGAAUAUGUAGCAACAGAAAAGAUAGAUUCAGAUGCACGGUUAACUGCCGCCUUGGAGUACCUGCUUCAUGCUCCUGGUAAGCCAGUAGAUCGUAAAAAAUUUGAAGCAGCAUGUGGUGUUGGAGUAGUUGUUACACCACAACAGAUAGCAGCUGCUGUGCAGAAACUGCUGUCAGAAAAUAAGGCAGAAAUGUUGGAAAAGCGAUACCAGUUCAAUGUUGGAAUGCUGCUUGCAGCUAUGAGGAAAGAGCUGCCAUGGGCAGAUGGCAAGCUUGUGAAAGCUGAGAUGGAUGCUCAGGUGUUUUCACUCUUGGGACCAAAGACAGAUGCUGACAAUGCUCCUGUCCAAAAGAAGAAGCCAAAGAAGGAGAAGACUGAAAUAUCAACCAAAGCAGCUGACGCUAGUGGUGACACUGAGCCUUCAGAUGGUGCUGCGACAAUCACUGACUUGAUGAAGAAGGUCAGUUUUCACAAACCAGGUGAAAACUACAAGACAGAUGGAUAUGUUAUCACAGAUAACACAAUGAAGCACAUGGAGAAUCACCUGAAACAAACAAAGGGUCAGGUGAGGACCCGAUUCCCACCAGAACCCAAUGGCAUCCUGCAUAUUGGGCAUGCAAAGGCCAUCAACAUCAACUUUGGCUAUGCAGCUGCUCAUAAUGGAAUCUGCUUCCUGCGCUAUGACGAUACCAAUCCAGAAAAGGAAGAGGAGAAGUUCUUUGUGGGGAUUUUGGACAUGGUGAAGUGGCUCGGAUACACCCCCUAUGACAUCACCCACUCCUCCGACUACUUUGACCAGCUCUAUGAGUGGGCCUGUGAGCUGAUCAACAAAGGCCUCGCCUAUGUCUGCCAUCAGAAAGCCGAGGAGGUGAAAGGGAUCAACGCACCACCAUCUCCUUGGCGCGACCGUCCUGCUGCUGAGAGCCUUCAGCUGUUUCAUGACAUGAAGAAUGGCAAGAUCGACGAAGGUGCUGCCACACUGCGCCUGAAAGUCACCCUGGAGGAGGGCAAACAGGACCCUGUGGCAUACCGGAUCAAAUUCGUGCCGCACCACCGCACAGGGGACCGGUGGUGCGUAUACCCGACCUACGACUACACGCACUGUCUGUGCGACUCGCUGGAGAACAUCACCCACUCGCUGUGCACCAAGGAGUUCCAGGCGCGCCGCUCCUCCUACUACUGGCUGUGCAACGCCGUGGACAUAUACUGCCCCGUCCAGUGGGAGUACGGCCGGCUCAACAUGAGCUACGCCGUCGUCUCCAAGCGCAAGAUCGCCAAGCUGAUCACGGAGGGCCUGGUGGCCGACUGGGACGACCCGCGGCUCUUCACGCUGACGGCGCUGCGCCGGCGCGGUUUCCCGCCGCAGGCCAUCAACAACUUCUGCGCCAAGCUCGGCCUCACCGGCGCCCAGAUCGUCAUCGACCCCGAGAUGCUAGAGUCGGAGGUGCGUGAUGUGCUGAACGUGUCGGCGCCGCGCGUGAUGGCCGUCCUGGAGCCGCUCAAGGUGACCAUCACCAACCUCCCUUCCGACGCGCCGGCCCAGCUGGAGGUGCCCGACUUCCCCAGCGAGCCGCAGCGCGGGGCGCACCGGGUUGCGUUCGGCUCGGAGAUCUACAUCGAGGCGUCCGACUACCGCGCCGUCGAGGAAAAGGGCUACCGCCGGCUGACGCCGGGCCAGUCGGUGGGACUGAGACACGCCGGCUUCGUCAUCCAGCUGGAGCGCGAGGUGCGCGACGCGUCGGGCGCGCUGACCGAGCUGCGCGUCACCUGCCAGCCGGUGGCCGCCGCCGCCAAGCCCAAGGCGUUCAUCCACUGGGUGGCGAGCCCACGGCCGUGCGAGGUGCGACUCUACGACCGGCUGUUCCGACACAAAAACCCGGAGGACGCCGCCGAGGUGCCCGGCGGUUUUCUGUCCGACGUGAACCCCGACUCGCGCACUGUGGUGACGGCACUCAUCGACGGCGGCCUGCGCGCCAAGGUGUACGACAAGUUCCAGUUCGAGCGCGUCGGCUUCUUCUCCGUGGACCCGGACGCCACGGAACAGAAGUUGGUCUUCAACAGGACUGUGACGCUGAAAGAGGACACAGGCAAAAACUAGUGAUGCUCAUCGGGAGAACAUGGAUGGGGUGCCGAGAUCCGCUUUGUUGAACUUGGCUGUUUUUGGUGAUUUACUGCUGUUCUGGUCUAAAAUAAAGCUAGAGUAUUUAAAUAAGUA